AUAUAUAUAUAUAUUUUUUACUGUCAGCAAUGGAUUUGCGGAUUGUUCUCCUGGGGAAGACCGGAUCAGGGAAGAGUGCAUCUGGAAACACCAUCCUUAACGGCACGCAUUUUGAAGUGAAAUCUUCUCCUGUAUUAGUGACUACAAACUGUGCAGUGAAAACAAGUGGGCACAUCAGGGUUAUCGAUACACCUGGCCUGUUUAACACAUCGCUAACCCCACAUGAAUUAAGGGAAGAAAUGGAUCAGUGUAUGAGCAUGGCAGUUCCUGGUCCUCAUGUGUUCCUGCUGGUGGUCAAACUGGGCAGAUUCACAGAGGAGGAGGAGAACGCGGUGAACUGGAUUAAGAAGAACUUUGGAAAACACGCCUUGCUCUACACGAUUAUUCUGUUCACUCAUACUGAUCAGCUUGGAGAGAGGACACUAGAUGACUUUUUGGAAGAGAGUCCUGAUUUAAGGCGACUCCUCAACAGCUGUGGAAAUCGAUAUCAUGCGUUCAACAACAAUGAUUCCAGUCCUUCCCAGUUAGAAGACCUGAUGCAGAAGAUAGAUAACAUGGUUAAGAUGAAUGACAGGCAUUAUUACACUAAUGAGAUGUACGAGAAUGCUCAGGGAAAGAUCGGAGGUGGUGAAAUGUUUGCUUUAGGCGUCGCUGCAGCUUCAGGGAUAACUGCAACUGCCGGACUAGUAACUUUAGGAUUAUUAAUCAGAAGAUGAAUACAGUGUUGGCCAAAACAUAAUGAAAAUCAGUACUCAGUCUCGUUUCGGGCCAUGCCAGACCUGAAAAUAUCAAAUAUCACAAAACAAUAGAGAGCAUUAAAUUAAAAAAACCUCCAAAGAAACAGAAUUGGAACGUAUUCCUGCCCUUUUAAUGUACACAAACUGUAUAUUUAUUAGUUUAUUAGAUUCCUCUGCAAGCUAUUUUCCUAAAUAGACUCAGUACAGUUUGGACAUAAUACCUGAUUUAUAACAUAUUUAUCUCAUUAGUGUUUCGUUUGGCAUUAUGGCAAUUAAGACUGCAAUCAACUUAUAAGAAUGUAUGUAUGGUUUUUCAGCUACAUGGAUAUUUCGAAAUACUUUUAACCCUUUCCUGUAAGAUGUGGAAUACCUUGAAGUAAAAUAUUUGGAAAUGCUAAAAAUGUACGUUAUUUUAAGUAAUUAAAAAAGUGAAAAUGUGGAAAUAUUCUUCACUAAAACAUGCAAGUUUUUUUUUAUAUUGUUUUUUUUUUUAAAGUAAUAUAAGCCUCAUAUUUACUGUGGAUCUCAUAUAAUGGCUAAUCCCUUAUUCCCAGAUAUCAAACUGUCAUAUUAAACUAAGGCUGCAGCUCA